AUGCCUCGAGUCCACCGCUACGCCGCUUCCACCUCCACCUCCACAUCGAGCUCCAGCCCCACCCCUAAUUUAAACGUAUCCGUGAUACACUUAAGUGUUGCUAAAAAGUUAGCAGCCGGCCGAUCGUAUACGGGGAUCCCACCAUUGGGCCCGUUGGUGUUACCACCAUAUAUAUCUUAUGACAUAGUGGACGACUCACCAGGGCUACCCCUUGAGACCAAGCCUGACGAGCUAUACGCGACAGUUGGGGGCCCGGGGGAGCCCAGACUGAAGAAGAUCAAGCUGAUUGCAGACUGCGAGGAGGGAGAGAAAUGGAAGGAGGCCGCAGAGAGAUUUCAAGGUGGAAAUAAGCAGGGCACUAUGCCUGCCGCCUACAUCAAGGUGGAGGAGGAGGAGGAGGAGGAGGAGGAGGAGGCUGAUCAAGAUAUUAAAAAGCUGAAAAGGUAUGGCAGCUUGAGGGGCGCUGUUACGAAUUCGAAGACCAAGAAUGAUUCGAACGAAACCAAGAAGAGGAAGAUCAAGAAUGAUUCGAAUGAAACCAAGAGGAGGAGGAUCAAGAAGAACUCCCCGGCGGUUUCCAACCUUCCCCCGGAUUUCGUGCUUCCCGAUUUAACCCCCGAAGAGGCCCAGCCAAGAAGGGCAGAGGCUACACUGAAAAACGAGGCUCUAAAGCGUGGUCUAGGCCUCAAGAGCUUGUCAUUUCAUCAUUCUGAAACGGUAGACAAGCGUGGCCUGGGCCUCGAGAGCUCGUCAUUUCAUCAUGCUGAGAUGGUAGACAAGGGGACGCAAACACAUACACAAGCAGUACUCACGGUCCCGAGAAAGAUUGUCGAAUUCACAGAGCGAUUGGUGAGGUUUUUAAGAAUACUUCGUAAGGCUAUUGAAGUACUCCCCGAGUCGCACCUUGUACAAAUUGAGGCGUACUUUGAGGUCGAUUGGAUGGUGGAGGACAUUGAGAUUGCAAUUAAGGGUACGAUUAGUCGCAAGAACCUUGCUGAUGGUGCGAAGAAGGGCUACAAGGGCUUGAUUGUUGCCGAUAGAUUGCCAUUCUCGAAAAACCAAAAAAUUAUCGAAUUUGCGGAGAGGCUGAUGUCACUGGUGAAGACACUUUAUCAGGCGAUUGAGAUGCUCAAGGAUAUUAGAAGGAUAGUCAAAGGUGUAAUUAGCUGCAAGGCCGUUCAUGAUGCGUCGAAGUGA